ACGGCCCAGUGAAGGAACACACACUUCCGGCCCAGUGAAGGAACACAUCGUCUUGUCUACCCAUCGCCUUCUUGGAUCUAACCUCCCAGAUCGACAUCACUCCAGCUUAAUUAGCUUUUAGCUAAGUAAGCCGGCCGUAUCGAUCGAGAUGCCUCUGCCGUUGACGAAGCUGGUGCUGGGCCACGGGCGCGAGGCAUCGGACCCCGGCUGCCUCCGCGCCGUGCUCGGCGAGCUCGUCCUCACCUUCCUCUUCGUCUUCGUCGGCGUCGGCUCCACCAUCACCGCCGGGAGUGCGGCCGCGGCAGGGGCCGACCCGUCGGCGGCGCUGAUAGCCGUGGCGCUGGCCCACGCGCUGGUGGUGGCGGUGUUCGCGACGGCCGGCUUCCACAUCUCCGGCGCACACAUGAACCCCGCCGUCACUCUCAGCCUCGCCGUCGGCGGCCACAUCACCCUCCUCCGCUCCUCCUUCUUCGUCGUCGCCCAGAUGCUCGGCUCCUCCUGCGCCUGCCUCCUCCUCAGAGCCCUCACCGGCGGACUGGUGACGCCGGUGCACGCGCUGGCGGCGGGGGUGGGCCCGAUCCAGGGCGUGGUGGCGGAGGUGGUCUUCACCUUCACGCUGCUCUUCACCAUCUACGCGGCCAUCCUCGACCCGAGGAGCUCGGCGCCGGGCUUCGGCCCGCUGCUCACGGGCCUCCUCGUCGGGGCCAACACCAUCGCGGGGGGCGCGCUCACGGGGGCCUCCAUGAACCCGGCGCGGUCCUUCGGGCCGGCCCUGGCCUCCGGCGACUGGGCCAACCACUGGGUCUACUGGGUCGGCCCGCUCGCCGGCGGGCCCCUCGCCGUCGCCGUCUACGAGUUCGUCUUCACCGUCCCGCCCACGCACCAGCAGCUGCCCACGGUGGAGUGAAGAAGCUCUCGGCCGUUGGAUUGCUCCGGGGAAGCAGUUUCUACGGUACAUGUAUACUACAGCCAGCGUGCAAGUGUUUUGAGGGUUGGCUUGAUUUGUGCGUGAUGGGUCGUGUGAUUUACGUACGUACGUGUAGCAGUGCACGUACGGCUACCGAUCGGUGUGCGUCUCUGGUCGUCAGAUCUGGUUGUUUUCAAAAAAGAAAUGUGGGGCUUUGGCGGUUCAGCUAAUGAGAGCUGCCUGUUAGUAAAAAAUUAUUUGUUCCACUGUAAAACUGUCAAGUGUCGAGGGUUCCUACUGAAUGGAAAUAUGGUGCGUGUUCUUGUCUCGUGUA